GCCAGGGGUAGUUGGCCGAGCCGGCUGUUGCGUAGUGUUGUUGGUGAAUAGCCGCUGCUACGCUUACGGGCGUUGGAGAGAAAGCCGCAGAAGGAGUCAGCAGUGGCGGGGCAGCGCUAGUUCGGAGCCAGUCUCGUAGAUUUAGGAGUAUUACGUGUAUCAACGGACCCCUCACAAAACCAAAAGGGAUAGGAAGAGGGGGGAGAUACAAGAAAGAUGGCGGCGGCCGCGGCCUCGCCGGGCUCCGGUUCGUCCACCUCCUCAGACUGGAUUGUGCUGAGAGACGGCUGCCUGCGCUGCGACGAGGAGGGCCUGCGGAGCCUUUCCUACCACCCGGCCCUCAACGCUAUAUUGGCUGUGACCAGUCGCGGCAGCAUUAAAGUUAUUGACGGCACUUCGGGGGCCAUCCUACAGGCUUCGGCGCUGCACGCUAAACCUGGUGGGCGUGUCAGAUGUCAGUACUUUCCCGCUGUGGACAAGGUGCUUUUUGUGGACGAUUACGCUGUGGGAUGCAGGAAGGACUUGAACGGCAUUCUGCUUCUCGACACGGCUCUCCAGCCUCCAGUCAGCAAACCGGAGGACAUGGUCCAGCUGGAGCUCCCGGUCACAGAGGCUCAACAGAUGCUGUCAGCCUGUCAAGAGAAGAUCGAUGUGUCCAACACUGAGGGCUACGAACUCUUCAUCACCCAGCUCAGAGAAGGGCUGAAGAACACCUCUCAUGAGACAGCAGCAAACCACAAAGUGGCCAAGUGGGCGACUGUGACGUUCCACCUCCCCCAUCACUUGCUGAAGCUAAUGGCUGGUGCCAUUGUUAGUGAGCUCAAGAAAAUCAACCAGAACGUGGCGGCGCUGUCUGUGGCCUCAUCCAUCAUGGACAGGCUUUCCUACCUGUUGUCCAGCGCCAGGCCAGAGCUGGGGGUGGGCCCUGGUCGCUCUGUGGACAGAUCCUUGAUGUACAGUGAGGCCAACAGGCGGGAGACAUUCACAUCAUGGCCUCAUGCCGGGUACAGGUGGGCCCAGCCCGAUCCAAUGGCUCAGGCGGGGUUUUACCAUCAGCCUGCCUCAACAGGGGAUGACAGAGCCAUGUGUUUCACCUGCAGUGUGUGUUUGGUCUGUUGGGAGCCCACGGAUGAGCCCUGGUCAGAACACGAGAGACAUUCUCCCAAUUGCCCCUUUGUAAAGGGAGAGCACACCCAGAAUGUGCCUCUGUCAGUGACCCUGGCAACCAGCCCGGCGCAGUUUCCCAACAGCCCCGACAGCUCGGACAAGAUCGCCUGCUACGGCUUCGGCAGCUGUCCGCAAUUCCUGGCUGCUGCCACUAAGAGGGGCAAGAUCUGCAUCUGGGAUGUCUCCAAAUUGAUGAAGGUGCAUUUAAAGUUUGAUGUCAACCCCUAUGACCCGGUCAUCUUGAGGCAGCUGAUCUUGUGCAGCAUUGAGCAGGGCCAGACAUUGACAGAGUCGCAGAGACCAACGCUGACCUGGUUAGAGGAGUCAUCCUCCUGCUCUGACCUGCCUAAGCUGGAAGGGGACAGUGAUGAUCAGCUCGAGGAUUCAGACAGUGAGGAGCAUUCCCGAUUAGAAUCUGGUGCAGGCCAGCCUUCCCAGUGGGAGAGCACGGAUGUAAGUCUGGGGGUGACAGCACUGAGCGUGCUCCAGCAGCCGGAGAAACUCCAGUGGGAGGUGGUGGCGAGUGUGUUGGAGGACACGGUGAAGGACCUGGAGGAGCUGGGUGCAAACCCAUCAGUAAACCAAACCAAGGCGCACAGCCAUGCGAAAACAAAAGACAAGGCCCCUGACCACCAUAACAUUCCCUUUCCCUGUCUGCUGGCUGGAGGCCUCCUUAGUUAUUGCUCUGCUUCCAGCACCCCUUUGGCUGGAGGUCCAGCCACAACCCAAUCGGCACGGAGGACCACAGGAGGUCCACUCAGGACUCAGGGCCCUGAGCCUUUCCUCGGACCUCUGCAGGAACAGGCUCCCAUGGAGAUAGAAUCGUGUAAUCUUCAGACUGCAGCCCAGGAGCAGGGCUUCUCUAACCCGACCGGGCCUCAGGUUGCGAACCCUUCCUCUUUGGCCCCUGUGCGCAGGACUAUGCCUGUACUGCUGCUGUACAGCAUCAGAGAGGUGGACGACAAAUCCUCAGGGCAGGUGUUCACUCAGAUAAACAGCCUGAUGAGCAAGGGGCUCCACGAGGAGGGCUUCACUGUGCCUCAGAUCAUUGAGAUGGAAUUUGACACACACGAGCAGCUUCUUCUUCAGGAUCCUCCCAUCACCUACAUUCAGCAGUUUGCCGAUACGGCGACUAAUCUGGGGGGGUUGGACGGUCAUGUGGACAAAUGGAGUACGCUGGGGACAGCAGCGGUUAACAGCCCGCCUCGACCCGGAGCGCUGGUUCAAUGCCUAAGACUUCCCAAACAGCUGGAGGAUAAGAAUCUUUUUGUGGACUCCAUCACGCCAUGCUGGGACGGACUUCACAUCCUGGUGGGGCUGCAGCCAUGUUGCUCCGAGUCUCUUAGCGCUACAAACCAGGUCGAGGCUCUCAACAAUCUUAACCGCUUACACUCAGCCCUAUGCAGCCAGCGCAAGGGAGACUCCCUUCAUUCAGUGGCCAAUGGAGUGGAAGGGCGGCAUACAGGGACAUCACCGCCUCAGACUCCCCUCAUCCUACCCCCAGGAGACCAGCAGCAGCAGCAACACAAGUCCCAGAGCAGUGAAAGCGGAGGGGGUUACCUUGCACUCUACAAGCUCAACUACUCAACUCGCAUUGUCACUUUGGAGGAGGAACCCAUCAAGGUGCAACAGAUCAGGGACCCUUCUGAUGCCAUAACCUCUCUGAUACUGCUGCCCCCAGAUGUGCUGGACAGCAGGGAGGACGACAGUGAGGAGACCCCAGAGGAACCUCUCCCUUCAGUCCAAAAAAAUGGUUUGUCUGGGCUUGGAACUGCCCCCACGGGCUCUGCUGGCUCUGGAACUGCAACUCCAUGUGGAGUAGCCACAGCCAUCAGCAGUGCUUCCGCCACCAGCCCCUCCACCUCCGCCCCCAGCCACAAAGACUGCAAGCGAGCAGAGGUGGCUGGCCUGGGGCACCUGGUGGUCACCACACAGGCAGGGUAUAUUAUGAUACUGGACCUGUCCACAUUGGAGGUGCUGGCUAAGGUGGAACCGCAUAAAAAGGAGGGGGCACCUGAGGAAACGGACCCCUUUGUCUCAGUAACGUAUUGCUCUGGGACUGACCGCCUUUGUGCCUGCACCAAAGGUGGAGAACUUCAUUUCCUUCAAAUUGGAGGUGUGUGUGACGAUGUAGAUGAUGGAGACAUGUUUAUCGAUGGCCCCCUUUUUAAAGGGGCUGAACUGCUUUCCGAUGGGGCCAAGCCCUCCUCCAACCCCUCCAGCCCUGGAGUUUCAGGAGUGGAGCUUCUCGUGGACCAAUCGCUGACCACAGAGAGUCUCAUGUCUUUAGUUGAGUUGACACGGUUUGAAACGCUGACCCCCCGCUUCUCGGCCACUGUACCGCCGUGCUGGGUGGAGGUGCAGCAGGAGCAGCAACAGCGGCGGCACCCGCAGCACCUCCACCAGCAACAUCAUGGGGAUGCAGCUCAGCACACCAGAACCUGGAAGCUGCAGAGCGAAAGCUCCAGCUGGGAUGAGCAUGUGUUUGAGCUGGUUCUACCCAAGGCGUGCAUGGUGGGCCAUGUGGACUUCAAGUUUGUCCUUAAUCCCAACAUCACUAACAUUCCUCAGAUUCAGGUCACUUUACUAAAGAACAAAGCUCCAGGGCUGGGCAAAGUCAGCGAGACAGCUGUAGACAGACAAAUCACCUUUCCUUUGUCAAACGUUCUCCAUGCCAACGGGGAGAAGAAUGGCCAGCCUCAAAUGCAAGAUUUUUCAGAGGACAUCCAGUUCAUGGACAUCGAGGACACGUCCGGCUCGGUGCUUUGUCCUUUUCUUGAAGAUCACAAGGAGGAUAUUUUGUGUGGUCCAGUUUGGCUAGCCAGUGGGCUGGACCUCUCCGGUCACUCAGGCAUGCUCAGCCUCACCAGUCCCAAGCUGGUCAAAGGCAUAGCGGGAGGGAAGUAUCGCUCCUUCCUGGUUCACAUCAAAGCGGUCAGCGAGGGUGCAAUGGAGGAGAACCCGAGGCCUGUGGUGCGGAUGCCCAGCGUAAAGCCUCACAGCUCGAAGGCGCACUCUUUGACCACGCUGCUGCAGCGCGCUCAGGCCUCUAAGGAAAAGAUGUCUACAGGGAAAACGGAGGCUUCAGCUCAGUCAAAGAAAGUGGAAAACCUGCGAGGCUGUGACCUGCUGCAGGAAGUUUCAGUCACAAUCAGAAGGUUCAAGAAGACAUCCGUCCCAAAAGAAAGGGUUCAGCGAUGUGCCAUGUUGCAGUUCCAAGACUUCCACGAGAAGCUGCUGGACGGGCUGUGUCGGCGGACAGAAAGCAGCGUGGCUUCUGAGCAUGCUCAGAGCCUCAUCCUGGACAUCCUGUGCUGGCUGGCUGGAGUCUUCUCCAAUGGACCCUGCAGCAUGAAAGAAGGAAAAGAAGGCCUGCUGGUGAAGACUCGGAUGAGGCUGACGGAGAUUGUGCGCAUGUGUUUUUUUGAAGCUGGCCGCAGCAUAGCACACAAGUGUGCACGCUUUCUUGCACUUUGUAUUAGCAAUGGAAAAGGAGAGCCGAGUCAGCAGGGGUUCAGCAUGAGCCUGCUGAAAGCUCUGCUGGAUAACAUGCCUUACUUGCCUGCUGCAGCAACAGGGGGUGCUGUGUUUUGGUACUUCGUACUGCUGAACUACGUGAAGGAGGAGGACUUGGCGGCGUGCAGCACUUCCUGUGCCUCUCUGCUUACCGCAAUCUCUCGGCAGCUGCAGGACCGCCUCACACCACUGGAGGCACUGUUGCAGACCAGGUACGGUUUGUACAGCUCUCCGUUUGACCCGGUGCUCUUUGACCUGGAGGUCAGUGGAUCCUCCUGUAAGAAUGCCUUCAACAGCAGCAUCGGAGUUCAGUCAGAUGAGAUCGAUCUUUCUGACAUCCUCUCAGGGAAUGGUAAGGUGAGCAGCUGUGCAGCAGCGGAGGGCAGCUUCACGGCGUUAACUGGACUCCUGGAGGUUGAACCCUUGCACUUUACUUGCAUCUCCACCAGUGAUGGCACACGGGUGGAAAGAGACGACGCCAGCAUGUUCACUGUGAGUACAUUUGGUGUGACCCCCACGGUUGGCGGCCUCUCCACUGGCCCGGUUGGCGAGGCCUCAACAGCUUUAAGCUCUGCGGCUCAGGUGGCCCUCCAGUCGCUGUCUCACGCCAUGGUGUCCGCUGAGCAGCAGCUGCAGGUCCUGCAGGAGAAACAGCAGCAGCUGCUGAAGCUGCAGCAGCAGAAGGCCAAGCUGGAAGCUAAGCUGCACCAGACCACCUCUGCAGCUGCCGCUGUGGCCUCUGGAGUGCCCAUACACAACUCUGUGCCUUCAAACCCCUCGUCUGCUCCGGGCUUCUUCAUUCACCCCUCUGAUGUCAUCCCGCCCACACCUAAGACCACGCCUCUCUUCAUGACUCCUCCCCUCACACCCCCCAAUGAGGCGGUGUCGGCGGCCUUCAGUGCCGAGCUGGCACACUUGUUCCCCAAUUCCAUGAUGGAUACCGGGCCAGUCAACCUGUCUGCACACAAGAACACACACAAGUCCAAACCGAGUCCCAUGGGCAGUGGGUUGGCUCUUGCUAUCUCACAGGCAUCUCACUUUCUGCAGCCGCCUCCUCAUCAGUCCAUCAUCAUCGAGCGGAUGCACUCUGGAGCUCGCCGUUUCGUCACGCUGGACUUUGGCCGUCCGGUCCUGCUGACAGACGCUCUGAUCCCGACAUGCAGCGACCUGGCCUCUCUGUCUAUAGACAUCUGGACGCUGGGCGAGGAGGUUGACGGCCGCCGGCUGGUGGUGGCAACUGACAUCAGCACCCAUUCACUUAUUCUGCACAACCUGCUGCCCCCCCCUGUCUGCAGGUUCAUGAAGAUCACUGUGAUCGGCCGCUAUGGCAGCACCAACGCGCGGGCCAAGAUCCCUCUGGGCUUUUACUACGGCCACACUUACAUCCUGCCGUGGGAGAGCGAACUGAAACUGAUGCACGAUCCUCUGCGGGGAGAAAGUGAAGCUGCCAGUCAGCCCGAUGUUGACCAACACCUGACCAUGAUGGUGGCGCUGCAGGAGGACAUUCAGUGCAGGUACAAUCUGGCCUGUCAUCGGCUAGAAACUCUCCUUCAGAACAUCGACCUGCCGCCUCUGAACAGUGCCAACAAUGCCCAGUAUUUCCUGCGAAAGCCAGACAAGGUGGUGGAGGAAGACCAGCGAGUUUUCUCUGCAUAUCAGGACUGCAUCCAACUGCAGCUGCAGCUCAACCUGGCUCACCACGCAGUCCAGCGCCUGCGAGUGUCGCUGGGCGCCAGCCGUAAAUCCCUCCCCACUUCAGGCACCCCUGUGGCUCAGGACCUGGUUCACAACUCUUCCACAGAACAGCUGAGAACCAUCAUUCGCUACCUGCUGGAUACGCUGCUCAGCCUGCUGCACUCCAACAAUGGACACUCGGUGCCCUCCGUGCUCCAGAGCACCUUCCACGCCCAGGCCUGUGAAGAGCUUUUCAAGCACCUGUGCAUCAGUGGGACGCCCAAGAUCCGACUCCAUGCCGGCCUGCUGCUGGUGCAGCUCUGCGGAGGCGAACACUGGUGGGGCCAGUUCCUCUCCAAUGUCCUGCAGGAGCUCUACAACUCUGAGCAGCUGCUCAUUUUCCCUCAGGACAGGGUGUUCAUGCUCCUGUCCUGCAUUGGCCAAAGAUCCCUGAGCAACAGUGGCGUGUUGGAGGGCCUGCUAAACCUUCUGGACAGCCUGCUGAACCCACUGCAGCAGCCACAGGCGGCAGUACAGCCCAGGACCGAAGGUGUUCUGGACAUCCCCAUGAUCAGCUGGGUGGUGAUGCUGGUUUCCAGGCUGCUGGAUUCUGUGUCCACCAUUGAAGAUGAGGCCUCAGGAGGCAAGAAGAACCUUGCAGGAAAAGAAAGGGAGAGACCUGGAUCAGGGAGCCAGUGGAGCUUCAUCAACAACAACCUUCAGACCCAAAACCCAACCAGAGCUGCUAAAGGCAGCAGCAGCUUAGAUCGCCUAUACUCUCGCAAAAUACGCAAACAACUUGUCCACCACAAACAGCAGUUAAAUCUCCUAAAAGUAAAACAAAAAGCUCUGGUUGAGCAAAUCGAGAAGGAGAAGAUCCAGAGCAACAAGGGCUCCUCUUACAAGCUACUGGUGGAACAAGCCAAACUCAAGCAAGCCACUUCAAAGUGGGGAAGGGAAGAGGAGGCGGGGUUGCUCUGCACCAGCAGUUACAAUCAGAACUCUGAGCACUUUAAGGACCUGAUCCGUCUGCGCCGGACAGCCGAAUGGCCUCGCUCCACAUUGGAUGCAGAGUCCACAACAGCCAAAGAAGCCCCAGAAGUGGAGCCGCUGCCCUUCACCCUGUCCCACGAGCGCUGCAUCUCCGUGGUGCAGAAGCUGGCCCUCUUCCUGCUGUCUAUGGACUUCACCUGCCAUGCUGACCUGCUGCUGUUUGUCUGCAAGGUUCUUGCUCGGAUAGCCAACGCCACCAGACCCACCAUCCACCUGUGUGAGGUGGUGUCCGAGCAGCAGCUGGAGCGACUGCUGCUGCUACUGGUUGGAACAGACUUCAAUCGGGGGGACAUUUCAUGGGGGGGCGCGUGGGCUCAGUACUCCCUCACAUGCAUGCUGCAGGACAUCCUGGCAGGUGAGCUGCUGUCUCCGAGCUCUCUGGAUGCAAUAGACGAGGUGGUUGGAGUGGGAGAAGAGGGUGCAGCAGCCUCCUCCUCCUCGGCUGCCGCUGCAGCAGAUUCAGACGACUCUCUGCUGCAGUCGGUGUCGGUGCCGCUGGUGGAGAGCAUCGACGAAGCCCUGGUGCCUGAUAUCAUCGCAGGUACAGCUGGGGCCUCCUCAGUUUUCCAAAGUGCUCCACCUCUGUCAUCUUUGGAAAAAGAUAAAGACAUUGACUUUGACUUGCUACAAGACCUGAUGGAUGUUGAUAUUGAUCCUUUAGAUAUUGAUUUGGAAAAAGAUCCUCUCGCUGCCAAAGUCUUUAAGCCUAUAAGCAGCACCUGGUAUGACUACUGGGGGGCUGAUUAUGGGACGUAUGGUUACAACCCGUACAUCGGAGGUGUAGGGAUCCCAGUGUCCAAACCAUCCACGAUAACUGAGAAGCCUGGCUCCACCAGUUUGUCGGUGUCUGUGUCACAGGCUCUGGAUGCUCGUCUUGAAGUGGGUCUGGAGCAGCAGGCUGAGCUGAUGCUCAAAAUGAUGGCAACCCUGCAGGCCGACUCCAUCCUGCAGGCGCUCACGUCAACUUCAUCCACAGGGAGUCAAUCCUCCAACGGGACUGAUGACUCUUUGCUCCGAGUGCUCCAUGGUGGUGGCUCUCCUCCAGGCAGCGCCCUGAUGCCCCAGCCCUCCUCCAUCCCCAUCCUCAGUUCCUGCUUCAACAAGCUCUUCUCUAUGCUGCAGGUCCAUCAAGUGCAGCUGGAAUCGCUGCUGCAGCUCUGGUUGACUCUCAGUCUCAACACAUGUUCCAGUGGCAGUGAAGAGAGCGGAUCAGAUGUUUUCCUCUUUAACGCCAGCCGCGUGCCCACCAUUCCACUCAACCAAGCCUCCAUCAGCAGCUUCCUGUCGGUGUUGGCGUGGUACCCCAACACCUCGCUGAGAACCUGGUGUCUGGUGCUGCACUCCCUCACACUGAUGAGCAACAUGCCAGCCUGCGCCUCCAACAGUGGACUAAACUCCCAGGAGAGCACGGCUCAGCAGAUGGUGUCCGACCCCACACUGGUUCAUGUUCUGGUGCGUUUCCUGUCGGGUGGCAGCACCAACGGGACAAGCCAUCACAGCCCCCAUGUGGGGCCCACCGCCACCCAGGCCAUGCACGAGUUUCUGAGCCGUCUGCAGGUCCACCUGUCCUCCACGUGUCCCCAGAUGUUUAGCGAGUUUUUACUCAAACUCUUGCACAUCCUGUCUACUGAGAGGGGUCCAUUCCAGUCAGGCCUGGGCCCACUGGAUGCUCAGGUGAAGCUGCUGGAAUUUACUUUGGAGCAAAACUUCGAGGUGGUGUCGGUAGCUACCAUCUCCUCCGUCAUUGAGUCGAUCACAUUCUUGGUUCACCACUAUAUCACCUGCUCAGACAAGGUGGUAUCCCGCAGUGGCUCCGACAGCUCUGUGGGAGCCCGGGCGUGCUUCGGGGGUCUGUUCGCCAACAUUAUCCGGCCUGGAGAUGCCAAGGCCGUCUGCGGGGAAACCACCCGGGACCAACUGAUGUUUAACCUCCUCAAGCUGGUGAACGUGCUCGUGCAGCUGCCGCUGUCCGGAGACAGAGAGUUCAGCGGCCGAAUGCCACCUGUGGGCAGCGGAGCAGCCGAAAGCAGCGUGUCAGACGAAGAAAAGGUCUGUGGCAGCAAAGAAAGCGUGGCUGGAGGGUCUGCGUCCAAUCAGGGUCCAUCUGCAGGUGUGGCAGACCUGGUUUUGGCCAACCAGCAGAUCAUGAGCCAGAUCCUGUCGGCCCUGGGUCAGUGCAACAGCAGCGCCAUGGCCAUGAUCAUAGGAGCCAGUGGCCUCCACCUGACCAAACAUGAGAACUUCCAUGGUGGCCUGGACGCCAUCUCAGUGGGUGAUGGCCUCUUCACCAUUCUCACCACCCUCAGCAAGAAGGCCACCUCAGUUCAGGUCAUGCUGCAGCCCAUCUUAACAUACAUGGCCUGUGGGUACAUGGGCAGACAGGGGUCUCUCUCCACCUGCCAGCUCUCCGAACCUCUCCUGUGGUUCAUCCUGCGGGUCCUGGACACAAGCGAAGCUCUCAAGGCCUUCCAUGACAUGGGUGGAGUGCAGCUCAUCUGCAACAACAUGGUGACCAGCACCAGAGCCAUUGUGAACACGGCUCGUAGCAUGGUGUCCACCAUCAUGAAGUUCUUGGAUUCAGGUCCUGGAAAGACGGCGGAUGGGAACCUUAAAGCCAGAGUUAUGACUUCAGAACCCGACAAUGCAGAGGGACUCCACAACUUUGCUCCUUUAGGGACCAUCACAUCCAGCAGCCCAACAGCACAGCCGGCAGAGGUCCUCCUUCAGGCCACUCCCCCUCAUCGGCGGGCCCGCUCUGCAGCCUGGUCCUACAUCUUCCUGCCUGAGGAGGCUUGGUGUGACCUCACCAUCCACCUUCCAGCAGCCGUGCUCCUUAAAGAGAUCCACAUCCAGCCUCACCUGGCUUCUCUCGCCACCUGCCCUUCAUCUGUGUCUGUGGAGAUCAGCGCAGACGGUGUCAACAUGCUGCCUCUCUCCACGCCUGUCAUCACCAGCGGGCUCACCUACAUCAAGAUCCAGCUGGUCAAAGCUGAGGUCGCAUCCGCAGUGUGUCUGCGGCUGCACCGACCACGGGAUGCCAGCACCUUGGGUCUGUCUCAGAUCAAGCUCCUGGGUCUGACGGCGUUUGGAAACACGUCCUCUGCCACAGUGAAUAACCCCUUCCUCCCUUCAGAGGACCAAGUCUCCAAAACCAGCAUCGGCUGGCUUCGUCUCCUCCACCAUUGCCUGACACAUGUCGGUGACCUGGAGGCCAUGAUGGCCAGCGCUGCCGCCCCCACAGCAAACCUGCUGCAGACGUGCGCCGCCCUGCUCAUGUCCCCAUACUGUGGCAUGCACUCACCCAACAUUGAGGCGGUGCUGGUCAAAAUCGGUCUGCAGUCCACCAGAAUCGGACUGAAACUCAUCGACAUUCUCCUGAGAAACUGCGCCGCCUCUGGCACCGACCCUGCCAAUCUGAACAGUCCUCUCCUGUUUGGGCGUCUCAACGGCCUCUCCUCUGACUCCACUAUCGAUAUUCUGUACCAGCUGGGGACCACGCAGGAUGCUGGAACUAAGGACAGGAUCCAGGCUCUGCUGCAGUGGGUUAACGACUCCUCCCGUGUUGCAGCUCAUAAAAUGAGCGGCCCCAUGGGAUUCACCAGUCCUGGCUUCUCCUCUGGCUCCUCCAGGGAGUACGGCCUCCUUAUGCCGUCUCCUUCCCACCUUCACUGUGUGGCGGCAAUCUUGUGGCACAGCUACGAGCUGCCGGUGGACUACGACCUGCCUGCACUUCUCAGCAGGGAGCUCUUUGAACUGCUGUAUAACUGGUCCAUGUCUCUGCCAUGCAACGUGGUGCUGAAGAAGGCUGUGGACAGCCUCCUGUGUUCCAUGUGCCACAUUCACCCCAGCUACUUCUCCCUCCUCAUGUCCUGGAUGGGCAUUGUCUCAGGGCCCAGCGCCAGUCACACUCAAGCACAGCAGCGCCGCCUGGCCAUGACCGACGAUGGCAAAAAGCAGCAUGAUGCUCAUGCGAACGCCACAGGACUAACGGACGACUCCAAACACGCUCGGCCUCCUGUGAAUCUGUCAGAAUCGCAGCUGACCACCCUGGCAGCCGCCGCCCAGUCUCCAGGAGCGAUAGAGCAGCUGCUGGACUCAGGCCUGCCCUCCCUGCUGGUUCGCAGUCUGGUCCAGUUCUGCGUGAGUCUCCUGGUCAGUGCCGACCUCCCAUUACCUGCCACUCAGAUGGACAGGCGCCACCACCACCACUACUACUCGUCUUCCCAGAGCCGGCCUCCUCUGGCAGGAGAGCUCGCCGCCCCGGUGCUGCGUUUCCUCACAGAGGUUGGAAGCAGCCAUGCCAUGAAGGACUGGCUGGGAGGACCAGAGGUGAACCCGCUGUGGACGGCGCUGCUCUUCCUGCUGUGCCAUUCAAGUGCGAGCACUGGCUCUGGAAACAGCGGGCAGCCUCAGAGCUCCGGAGCUGCUGCGGGCCCACUUCCACCACAGCCUCACCACUCAGGGUCACGCUUCUCACUUGCAUCUACUGGGCAGACCGGGGGGCUCACCACACAGCAGAGGACAGCUCUGGAGAACGCAACAGUCGCUUUCUUCCUGCAGUGCAUCUCCUGCCACCCGAACAACCAGCGGCUCAUGGCGCAGGUUCUCUGUGAGCUCUUCCAGUCUGCUCCUCAGCGAGGCAACGUUCCCGUCUCUGGAAACAUCUCAGGUUUCAUUCGAAGGCUUUUUCUUCAACUGAUGUUGGAGGACGAGAAGGUCACAGUCUUUCUCCAGUCUCCAUGUCCGCUUUACAAAGGACGCAUCAACGCCACAAGUCACAUGAUCCAGCAUCCCAUGUAUGGAGCAGGCCACAAGUACCGCACGCUUCACCUGCCCAUCUCCACCAGCUUGGCUGAAGUUCUGGACCGUGUGUCUGAUACUCCCAGCAUCACUGCAAAGCUGAUAAAUGAACAGAAAGAGGACAAGGAAAAGAAAAACCACGAAGAGAAAGAGAAGAUGAAAACUGACAAUGGCUUCCAGGACAACUACAGUGUGGUGGUGGCUUCAGGUUUGAAGUCGCAGUCCAAGCGGGCCCUUUCAACCCCUCCAAGACCUCCAUCCAGGAGGGGUCGCGUUAUGAGUGACAAGCUGACAGCUUCUUCUGGUGUGGACCCUUCAGCGAAGACCAUCAGUGUUCCUGUCUUCCAUCUGUACCACAAGCUUCUUCCAGGUCAGCCCCUCCCACCCGAGAUGACCCUGGCUCAGCUGCUGACGCUCCUUUAUGACCGCAAGCUGCCGCAAGGAUACCAGUCCAUCAACCUGACAGUCAAACUGGGUUCCAAAGUCAUCUCUGACCCGGGUCUGUCCAAGACGGACUCCUUCAAGAGGCUGCGCACUGAGAAAG